AUGAGAAUUCGUGGGAGAAAACAAUCAUUAUCAAAAUUGAAUCUUGUCACCGAAACAAAGGUCGCUGCUCAGGUAACAAACGUUACUCAUGAUUAUUAUACAUGUGAGAUAUCUCAGAUGGAUUUAUCCACAAGAGAAAAAGACAAUAAUAGUCGAAUACCACAAUGUCUUAUUUGUUAUGAAGAUAAAAACGCUGUUCAUUAUUUAUCAUGUUGUCAUAAUUAUGUAUGUGAAUUAUGUCAACUCUAUUACCUGAAAAUAAAUAUAGAAAAGAAUGACAUUCAUUGUAUAUCAUGUGAUCAUAUAUUAAAUAAAAAUGAAAUAUUGACAUAUUUACAUAAUGAUUUGGACUUAAUUAAAAAAUAUAGACAACGAAUUAGUUGUCCUCAAUGUCAUUCAUUUCAAAUUAAAUUAAUAAAAAAAUAUUUAAUAUUUAAAUCAAAUCAUUUAAUAUGCCAAUCGUGUUCAUAUGAAUGGUGUAAACAAUGUCAUUUAACAUGGCAUCAAAAUAUGUCCUGUUCUGAAUAUAAACAAGGCGAUAUACCGUUAAAACAAUGGGCAAAACGACGAGAUAAAGAUAAUCAAUAUAAUGCACAUCAAUGUCCAAAAUGUGGAAUUUAUAUACAACGAAAUGAAGGAUGUCCACAUAUGACAUGUUCCCAAUGUAGUUGUCAAUUUUGUUACAAUUGUGGAAAACAACGUAUAACAUUAAAAUGGUUGGGAAGCCAUGACAGCAAAUUCAGUCCAUUAGGUUAG